AUGGCUGAUCAACAUCGAGCAGUUAGGAACCUGGAAAGAUAUCUACGGUCUAAAGAUGUAUCAGAGAAAAAAAUUGCUGCAACAGCUCUUCUUAAUCUGGGUCAAACUCUUGAAGUGAAGGUUCAAACCGAUGAAGUCCCAGUCUCUAUGGUUAAGGCUGAAGUCCCAGUCUCUAUUGUUAAGGCUGAAGUCCCAGUCUCUAUGGUUAAGACUGAAGUCCCAGUCUCUAUGGCAGAGACUGGAGAAGUGAAUGACCCCAUGAAGAAUGAUACUAGUCUAGAGAAAGUUGAGGACCUCACCAUGGAAGGCCUGAAGGAGAUGGGAGCUUUUGGUUUGCAAGUGCCAACAGAACUGGAUGGUGUGGGACUCACCAACACACAGUAUGCCUGGCUGGUAGAGAUUUUGGGGAUGCACAAUCUAGGUGUGGGCAUCACUUUGGUUGGUUUCAAGGGCAUUUUGCUGUUUGGUAACUCCCUGCAAAAAAAUAAGUACCUUCCAAAGUUGGCUCCUGGAGAGAAUAUUGCUGCCUUCUGUCUCCCUGAACCAGGGAGUGGAUCAGAUGCGGACCCCAUUAAAACACUGCAGUCCGCCCCCUUCGGCCAAUACUUCACCCUCAAUGGAAGCAAGAUCUGGAUCAGGGAGAUAAAGGAAAAAAUCACUACGUUCAUUGUGGAGAGGAGCUUUGGUGGAGUCACACAUGGUCCUCCUGAGAAAAAAAUGGGCAUUAUAGCAUCAAACACAGCAGAGGUAUAUUUUGAGAACUUGCGUGUCCCUGCGUACUGUGUGCUGGGAGAGGUUGGAGGGUGAUUCAAAGUGGCCAUGAACAUUCUCAACAAUGGGCGUUUCUGUAUGGCUGCGGUCCUCUCCGGAGCCAUGAAAGGGGUCAUUUCCAAAGCGUUGUGUGUCGACAAUGUGGCUAACAGGACGCAGUUUGGGAACAAAAUCCACCACUAUGGUGCCAUUCAAGAAAAGAUAGCCAGAAUGGCUAUGCUUCUGUAUGUGACAGAGGUGAUCGAUGGUUACAUGGUAAGUGGAAACAUGGACAGCAGAGCAACAUAGUUCCAGAUUGAGGCGGCCAUUAGUAAAAUCUUUGCCUCAAAUGAGGAUGCUGAAAAUAAAUUAACAUUACAUAAGUUGACAGUUUGUGUCACAAAUGAAGACUUUUGUCAUUGUCUGUCAUUUUCGCACAAACUGUUCACCUUUCUCUCUCCACAGGAUGCUGGUGUGGAGAGGAUGAUGCGGGAUUUAAGAAUCUUCCAAAUUUUUGAGGGAACCAAUGACAUCCUGCGGCUUUACGCAGUGCUUAACGGCUUCCAGAAUGCACGCAAUCAGCUGAAGAGCUUACAGAAAGCAUUGAAUAACCCUCUUGGUAAUGCAGCAAUGUUGGCUGGUGAAAUGACCAAGCGUGCUAGGAGGAAGACAGGCAUGGGGACAGGGUUGACUUUGCAGGGAAAAGAUCAUCCAGAGAUUAAUCACAGUGGAGAAUUGACUGUUAAAGCCAUUGAGCAGUUUGGAGCUGUUGAAGAACUUCUUCUCAAACAUGGAAAGAAAAUUAUUGGUGGGUGAUGGGAAUUUGUUUUGAAGCGAGUUGUAGACUGUGCCAUUGAUCUGUACGCCAUAUGGUUAUGGUUUUCUCCAGCAUCCAGGUCUCUCAGCCUUGGUCACCCUUCUGCUCAGCAUGAGAAGAUGCUGUGUGAAACCUGGUGUACCGAGGGGCAUCAGAGAGUCAUGGAGGACGUCAAGUUCCUCAGGUCAGAAACAUCCAAGCAGAUCUUUAAGAUCCUACAAGCUGUUUUUGCUGCUGUGGUGGAAAAUGGAGGAGGGGUGUCUCCUAAUCCUUUGGGCUUUUAAAGAUCUGUCUGCUCUUGCUCUCAUCAGCCAAUCAUCUCCUAGUGACCAGCCAGUCUGAACUGUCUUGAAUUAUUAGAAUAGCCAUCAUCCUGAAAACUGCAGUGCAGUUUUGCACUCCUUGAAGAAUGGAAUCUGUCACAUUUUGUCUGACUAUCACAAGAGUGCUUUUAUAUUAUAUAUAAAUGUAAAUUAAUAAUUAUGAUGGGGGGCACGGUGGCUUAGUGGUUAGCACGUUUGCUCACACCUCCAGGGUUGGGGGUUCGAUUCCCGCUUCCGACUUGUGUGUGUGGAGUUUGCAUGUUCUCCCCGUGCCUCGGGGGUUUCCUCCGGUUUCCUCCCCUGGUCCAAAGACAUGCAUGGUAGGUUGAUUGGCAUCUCUGGAAAUAAUUGUCCGUAGGGUGUGAGUGCGUGAGUGAAUGAGUGAGUGUGUGUGCCCUGCGAUGGGUUGGCACGCCUUGAUGCCCGAUGACUCCUGAGAUAGGCGCAGGCUCCCCGUUACCCGAGGUAGUUCGGAUAAGCGGUAGAAAAUGGAAUGGAAUAAUUAUGAUAGAAUUAUAUGUGGAUGUGUAUAUUUAAGGAGUGGAUUUGAGUUUCCUGUUUGUUUAAUGUGACACCUAUAUCAAAAGAUGGAAAUUGAGUAAUCUAUGACAACCAUGUUGCAAAGCUUCAUGAUAUUUGCUGCAUUUCUCUGACUGGAGUGCUUAACACAGGUUAUUAUCACCCAGGCCGAUGGCCGUCCCCUGUCAUAUUAAUUUGUCAUGUUUGUCAACAGUUUGUUUUGUUUGGCGGCUUCACAUAUUUAACCUUAAACAGUUUCAUCUUUUAUUAUCUAAAGUUUUUCUAAAGUCUUAUCUAAAGUUACCCAUCGGUCUGUUCUCAUUGUUUUAUGACAAGAAUGGUCAAAGUUAAAGGAAUAGUUUUCCUUCAGAAUAAAUCAUAAUUUACUCACCCUGUUGUCCUUUUAUAACUUUAAAGGAAGUAACUACGAUCAAGCAAGUAAUACCACAGGCUUUGAUAAUCAGAAACCUUCUUGCAAUUUAGAC